AUGCGAGGGGGCGACUGUGGCGGAUGGGGGGAACCGAUUGGCGGUAGCGGGCUCAGGAGUGCUGAUGAGCGGAACGAACGGCGGGGACGGGACGUGGGGGACGGGACGUGGGGGACGGGACGUGGUGCAACGGGGGCGAGUGUGAGGAGCGACGUGGGGGGCGACAGGGAAGGCGCGGGAUAUAGGUGCGCGGAGGAGGUGCGGCGAGCGGUGGAGGCGCUGUGGCGCCACUCGCAGCUCCUCUCCGCCCUCCUGCACGAGGGCCAGUGCUUGCCGCCAGCAGCGCCAGCAGCGGCGCCAGGCGCACAGCAGGCGAGCAAUAGGGCUGCCGCAGCACCCAAACCCACUGCACUUGCAGCGGCAGAAUCGGCAGCAGAAGCAGGCGCGCGGGCAGAAGCAGGCGCGCGGGCAGAAGCAGCAGUGUGGGCAGACGCGCAGGCGGUGUGGGCGCGAGCAGGCGAGCAGGUGGGCGGCGAGGUGCAGCGGGCCAUGGCGCCGCUCACCCGCGUGCUGCUCGCCGUGCACGGCACUGGGGGGACUGCGGGUGUGGGAGGUGGGGACGAGGAGGAGCGGUGGGAGGGUGGCGGCGGCAGAGAGGCAGCAAGUGACGGCGGCUGGGGGAGCGCAGCGGAAGGGUGUGGGGGUGGGGACGCAGGGAAGGGCGGUGAGGCCAGUGGGAGCGAGCGAGGGGGGGGGUGGGUGGAGCGAGUGGAGGCGCUGCGAGUGGUGAGGGCAGGGGGCAGGGCGAUGAGGAAGAAGCGAUGGCGGGCGAGGAGGCGAGCAGAGCAGGCAGUGGCAUGGCAGCAGGUGAGCAGCAGCUCUGCUUCUCUACCCUCUCCCACUUUCUUUUAUGUUGCCAUCCGCACUUACUCCUUUCCUAACCUACACCCCCUCCCCCCCACCAUUCCCUCCCUUCCAACACCCUCUUUCCCCCCUCCCGCUCUUCCCCCCUUCUCUGAUGGGUGGGCCCUACGUGGGCAUGUGGGCGUGCGGAGUGCCGUGGGUGGGGCAGAGGGAGGAGCAGCGGCGGGCGGUGGAGGCAAGAAUAGACGCGUGGCGGGCGCGGGUGAUGGAGAGAGAUGCACAGGCGCGCAUGGUGAGUGGCGCAUGGUGAGUGGCGCAUGGUGA